AUGCCUCUUUCUGAUCGCUCGAGCUCUGACGACGGCCUGGGGUCUCGGAGUCCGCGGGCCCGAAGACCCCGAACUCGAUCCCGCAGCCGCAACCGUAACGACAGCCGCGAUAGGAGCCUGUCUCCGGACAGCUUUGGACCGAAACUCCCGAAACCACGAAACAGGGAGAGGGAACGAGAGGAGCGGGAGCGAAGGUUCAAAGAGGCCAAAAACCUGAGAAGGAUCCGCAUCGGAUCACCACGCCGGAGCCGAUCCAGGUCGAGGUCCAGGUCCAGGGAUCGUCACAACAACACGAGCAGUAACAGCUACAACCACAACCACUGGUCCAGUCAGAGAGACGGUCCUGGAAACCACGGCAGCUUUAAGGAUGACUAUUACUACGAGCAGCAGAGGGACGACGCUCAGAGACAGAGACAAGAAGCUUUUAUAGCGAGGUGAGGGCCCAUGAAGUGGAUUAUCAAGGACAGGAUAUAGAGAACUGGGUCAUUUCUACUAAAAUUCCCCUGAUAUUAAAAGAGAUAUUCCGGCGUAAAAUUAAGUUAGGGUCAAACACACCAUAACACCGAGUUAGACACCCCGUCGAGAGAUGAGUGUUGCCGACUGCAACAUAAUUAAUAUGGUGAUUAUUACUUAUGGUGAUCAUUCUGGACUACAGCGGGGUGACGCAGCUCAAGGAAGAACAUUUCUUUAUCAUUUCAUUGAAGUAAUUAUCGUCAUAUUAAUCGUUUUGUACUGCAGACGCGUUCGUUCUUCUGCCUUUUCAAUUCUACACACUGCGCCUUUAAAAGUAUGACAAUUUCAGUGAAUCCUGUUGAGACAGUUAUGUAAUAUUUCAUGAUUUUGUAAUUAUUCUCCUUGGAGUCCGUUAGACUUGAAAAUGACAGUCUAUAUUAUAGUUCUGCUGAAGAGGAAAAGAAAAUGUGUUUGUAAUGCAAGUUUAGUUUUAUACAGAUUUUAGAUCAAAAGUGAAGUUGGUAUGACUGUUUUCUAAAAAGCUCAGAUUAAAACAAACCGUAACCUGUGUAGACUGAUGAAUCUUUGUGUUUCUGUUACAGACGUCUGCAAGAGAGGGAGAGGAUCGGUGAGUUAGGUUGUCCUGAAGUUUGGGGAUAUUCACCAAGAGUGAAGGAGCCAGAGUAAGUCAAGAAUCUCUGUAUAAUAAGCGAGCAGCCAUUGCCUUGUUUCCUUAAGAAUAAACGCUUCUCUCCCCUCCAGUACUGCUCAUGUCUUUCAUUUGUCUCCACCAGCUCUGAUGAAUUCACACCAGUUGAAGAGGAUGAGAAAAACAGCAGCUCAGAGUCGAGCUCAGAAGGUAUAGCCACUGUAUUGGUUAAGUGUGAGUUAACUGCAGUCAUGUUGUGUUAAGUUUAAACUUGAAGGGGUUUUCAAUUGUCAUUCACAGAAGAGAAGAAAAAGAAAAAGAAGAAGAAGAAAUCCAAGAAGAAAAAGAGCAAAAAGCACUCUGAGGACAGUGACCUGGAAUCUGAUUCAGAUGGUAUAUUUAUACAAGUUUGUACUCAGGAAACGUUUUUGUCAUAAGUGAUAGAAGCUGAUCUAUAACACUGUCUUUCUUCUUUCAGAGGAAGAAGUAAAAAAGAAGAAGAAGAAAAAGAAGAGCAAAAAGUAAGCAUGUAAACUAACAUGGAGGCACUCUUCUUACUACAAAUGGUACCAUAAUAAUCAUAAUUAUAAUAACCUUAUUUAUAUAGCACUUUUAAAGACAAGAGUUUACAAAGUGCUUUAACAUGCAGGAAAACAAAGACGAUAAAAACAACAGAACAACAACAAGAGAAGCCUUGGGGGGAAAUGUCACAUUACUGACAAUAAAGAAAUAAAAUGGAAUAAAAAUUGGUGGAAGACAUAAAAGCUUUGAUGAAUGUCACAUGAGCUGAGAGGUCAUUGAAACAAAGACAUUAUAAGAGCCCGUGAUACCCAGCCAACACAGGAACCCAAUCACAAAAUCUUCUGAGACCAAGGGGACUAUUAUGAAACAUGAAUAAGAAGAGUAAAAGGUUUUAAAGAAGACAAAGUCACAUAAAAGCAAGUCUAUAAAAGUGAGUUUUAAGACGUGAUUUAAAAGCAGUGACUGUUUCUGCUGGAUCUCCUCGGGGAGGUCGUUCCAAAGCCCUGAUAGAAAAGACCCUGUCACCUUUAGUUACAAGUCUUGACUUUGGAACGACCAGGAGGCCCCCACCCUAGGAUCUCAGGGUGUGGGCUGGCUCACAGGGGGUUAAAAGUUCUAAAUAGAUUGGAGCCAGACCCUUUACUGCCUUAAAAGUGAUAAGUAAAAUAAUAAAUAAUGAACUGAUCCAUUACUUGAUUACUAACAGGUCCAAGAAGUCCAAGAAGAAGAAGGCAAAGAAGAGCCGCAAGGAGUCCAGCAACUCCAGCAGUGAGGAGUCAGAGGAGGAAGAGGAGGAGGAUCCUAACGGGGUGAUGUGGGUGGAGAAAACCUGCAUAGAUGGAAAUGUGGUUGGCCCUGAAGCUCCAUUAACCCACAUGUCCCAGGACGACAGGCCUUUAGAGUGAGUCUAUUUGACGCUAGCUACUGCGCCGGCAAUUACAUUAUAUUAAGUUACUCCAUUAUGAUAACAAUUAUGGUGGCAUUCACACGUCAACAACUGUUUGAUUUCUAUAGAACUCAAUCUGGACCUUCAGGGUUUGUAAAGGCUUCAUUUCAUGACUUAGAAAAUCCAAUGACUUCUCUUUCAGAGCCACCAGCAAGCCAAAGUUCCACUUAUCUCAUAAAGCAGCUUAGUGUCUCAUUGAUGAAGUCACGCAAAGUUCUGUCCAGAUAUUCAGGCUAAUUUUAGGACAGAGUUACCAGUACAUUGAUGUAGUGAUAUGCGUUUUUUUGUCUUCCAGUUUUGGUCAUGCCCUGUUGCCAGGUGAAGGUGCUGCUAUGGCGGAGUAUGUUAAAGCAGGCAAACGUAUCCCCAGAAGAGGAGAGAUCGGUCUCACCAGUGACGAGAUUGCAAACUUCGAGAAAUCUGGAUACGUGAUGAGCGGCAGCAGGUACGUCUUGUUUAGCUGUUAGACUUACAUUUUCCUGCAGUAAUCAAUGUAUUGAGAGAUUUCUGUAUACAUCCUGAACUAGUUAAAACUAGUUUUACAUCAUGUUAUAUAUAAAGUUUGGCAUAAUAGAGUAGUCCUAAAGGAUGUCUCUCACGUUGCUGUUGUACUGAUGAAUGUGAUAAUCGUAACCCUGCAGACAUCGUCGUAUGGAGGCUGUGCGUCUGAGAAAGGAAAACCAGAUUUACAGUGCAGACGAGAAGAGAGCUCUGGCCUCCUUCAACCAGGAGGAAAGGAGGAAGAGGGAGAGCAAGAUCCUGUCCAGCUUCAGGGAGAUGGUGUACCGCAAAACCAAAGGCAAAGAAGAAAAGUGA